CAUUAGCGCAUGCAAAUAGUGCGGUGAUCCGUCGACAACUAUCGCCAUUUUGGAAAUAUUGCAGGGGAGAAAACGUGAAACGAGAAUUUCUUUCCAUCUCCACCAUGACUGCAACUAAAGAGGAGCUUUUACAGAAGGCCAAGUUCAGCGAGCAGGCCGAGCGUUAUGAUGACAUGGCAAAAGGCAUGAACACUCUAGUACAAAUGGUUGACGAACUUUCGAACGAAGAAAGAAAUCUGCUGUCCGUUGCAUACAAAAAUGUCGUUGGUGCACGGCGCUCGUCUUGGAGAGUUAUUUCCAGUAUUGAAAAUAAAAGUGCCGAGGGCGACAAGAAAACACAAAUGGCGAAGGAAUAUAGACAGAAAAUAGAAAAGGAAUUAAAAGAUAUUUGUAACGAAGUUUUGAAUCUUUUAGAUAACACAUUGAUUCCUAAAGUGCGUGACAAGACCACAUCUGACAACAACAAUGUAGAAAGCAUGGUGUUUUAUCUGAAAAUGAAGGGCGAUUACUACCGGUACUUGGCGGAAGUGAGUCAGGCCACUGCCAGAGAUGAGGUGGUGGAGAAAUCUCGAGAGGCUUAUGCUGAGGCAAUGGAGGUUGCCAAGGUGAUGCAGUCCACUCACCCUAUACGACUCGGUUUGGCCCUCAACUUCAGCGUGUUUCACUAUGAAAUUAAAAACAAUCCACAGGACGCAUGUGCUCUGGCAAAAAAGGCUUUCGAUGACGCAAUUGCUGAGUUAGACACUUUAAAUGAGGAUUCCUACAAAGACAGUACUUUGAUAAUGCAACUUCUGCGAGAUAACUUAACUCUAUGGACGUCCGACGCCCAAAAUGAUGAUCAACAGGAAGACAACAAUUGAGACAGCGUUCUGGGCCCUUGACUCUGGGUAGACUAGACAUGAAUCGCAUUUUAUUGUGAAGUUGGUGUUGUUAGGACAGUAUGUGCUGUACCAUGUGUCUUCUAUUACCUUCUUUCUAGCCCGAGCUAGUUUGACUUUUUUCCCUAGUUUGUUUGCUUUUUUUCAGUUAUUUAAUGAGAUUUUUGUAUUAUACAUGUAUAUGUAUGGUCCGAGAAGUUUUGGAAUGCAGCUUUUUUAAGUUCAGUACAUUAUGAAAUGCCAUUUAUUUUGGAUGAUAAUCAUAAUUGAAUGAAUUCGCCUUCAUUUAAUGAUUUAUUGAUGUAUUCAAGAUGCCCUGUACGCUUUAUGAAUAGUUCACUAAAUUUUAACAUGUAAAGUGCAUUUCGAAGAGUGUCUGAAUGGUUGUUAUUUGGAUGUAUUUAGUGCACAGAACAUUCAUUUCUAGAACAUUUGUUAAUCACAAGUUAUUCUACCAAAUUUGAAGUUCUAGCAAAUAUAUAAGCCUGCCAUUCAUUAAUUUAAAACAUCUACAUGUAGAUUGAGCAAAUCGAUGUGUGUGUUUUCUUUUUUAAACAGAAUUAUUUAAUUUUCCAAAAUCAGUAUCAAGAUUCCAUGCAUGGAAAUUUGUCUCAACUGAUUAAACAAAUUUCAGUGUAACAUUGUGUUUAAACGUGAUAUUUCGUAAUUUGAAUAUACUAAUAUAAACUAUGUAAAUGGAGAACUGUUGUUUGUUACCCUGUAUUUCAUAUACCAAUAUUCAUUGUCGUGUUAUUUGUAUGUUUGAAGCCCAUAUUAAACUUUACACAUCCUAGUUUAAUCGUCCUUAUAUAAGCCAUUUAAAUGUGUUGUCACUAUAACGCGUUAUAAUUGUUUUUGUAUAAGAAUUCUGCUAUUCCAUUGUGUCUUGUUCUGAGAAAAAGGGGCAUAAUGCAUGUGCGUAAAGUGUCGUUCCAGAUUAGCCUGUGCAGUCCGCACAGGCUAAUCAGGGAAGACACUUUCCGCUUAAACUAGAUUUUCGGUAAAAAUGGACUUCCUUUAAACGAAAAAUACCAUUAAAGCGGAGUCAUCCCUGAUUAGCCUGUGCAGACUGCACAGGCUAAUCUGGGACGACACUUUACGCACAUGCAUUAUGCCAAGACACCAUUAAAUGUGCCUACUUUGCCUUGUUUUAGUGACAGUAGGGUGAUGAAAGUAUUGGGCUUUGCUGGAUGACUUUUGUUUGUUGAUAUAUUCUGUGUAACAUUAUGUUUGUUUGACUUCUUGUAUAAGACUGUCUCCACAUUAUAUUUUUUCCUUCAGUAAAGUUUCAAUUUGCAGUCCGGUAGCUACUGAAUGGGUUGAGAUUAGAACUGUUGAACAAUAUAUCUUCAACACUUCAUUUCAAAUCCAUGAUAAAGUUAGAAUCAUUUUUGUAUUAAACGAAAAAUGGUUGAAAUAGACUUGUGCUUUUAACAACUGCGAAUUGUAUUAAAUUUGAUUGAGCUGCUAAACAAUCUUAAGUAUUUGCCUUGUGAGUAACAUUCAAAUUGUUUUAACUUUAAUCUGACUCUUUUAUUGCUGAUUUACAUAUUUGGGUAUUGUUUCACAUAGUUGUGAAGUUCUGUUUGACACGCACUUGUUGUGACUAUUUUUGCAAAUAUGUUGUUUUGAUUGAAAAACAUUGUUGUCCUUUUUUUGUAAUAAAAUGUGCUCAUGAAUUGAUAGUAUGAAGAUUGAUGUAGUCUUUUGGAAAAAAAGUACAAACUACCUGUCUCUUAUAAAAACAUGACUUAUCUGCCCUUUAAUUCACUGUUUUACCAGUGUACAUGUUUAUCUUUAUAAUGCUUUGAAAGCUUUCAUUUGAAGAGCAAAUCUGGAUUGUGAAUUGUGACUGAGAAACUUCUUUUGUUAAAUCUAAGCGGACAGAGUUGUCUGGACUGUUGUCAUCAUUAAAUGCCUUGGCAAUCAUGUUUCACCCGAUUUCAUUCCUUUAGAAAUCUGCUUUGAUGCUUAAAAGAUUAUGUGGAGGCAUAACACAGAUGGGAUAAGCAAGAACUUGUUAAUGUUUUUAUAUUUAAUUGGAAAACAACUCGGGGACCGUUUCAAUAAACAUAAUACAUAUUUACGAUACGAUACAUUUUUGAAGAUACAUAAUCGCUUUAGUCCAUAUAAUAUGAUAAUAAAUUUUAAUUACUUAAUUAACUACAUUGGCAUCUCAAGUGCCGUAUAUAUUUGACGAGCGUUGCGAGCUAGUUCGUCUACUUAUUAAGAUUACAUAAUUCUCUCAUAAGUUAAAAUUGUCGUACGAUCAUUGAUGAAAACGGCCCCAUAACAUUGUAGUAAUAAUACUUUUUAAGUAUACUAGAUUGUGAAAAAAAGAAAUAUAAAUAUAUAAUGUAGAAAAAUUAAUUAUUACAGACAUCCAAAAAGGACAUGAUUGUUUUGUGUUAAACGUCUUGCAUUUACAUUGUGUUAUGUGAACUUAUGUCUUGAUUUAUUAAAUAUUCAUGUCACUAGAUUUUUUUUACAAGUACUUGCAUUUUCUACAGGAUGUUGAAAAUCUUUAAGAAUUUAGUCGACUCUGAUUAGAAUACUAGUGACAUGUUUUCAUAUUAAUUGUCAGACUUGUUGAAUAAUUAUAAACAUUCUAGUUUCGAAUGGUCGUUUGUAUUACAAAUUAGAAUAAAGUGCUAAACACAUACUUAUGUGCUAUUAACAUCAACAAUAAACAGUAAAUUUCACAGUUUACUUUUGCUAUUUUUGAUUUAUUUUGUUUCUUGAGAGACAAAAGUCAAUGUACGCGUGUUAGCCUUCAAUAAAUCAAAAUAUCGAU